GGCUUCUUUUUGCUACUGGUGAACGAAUUUGCACGCGUUAGUGCAGCCGAUAAGUGUCCGAACGGUUUUCAAUUUGUUACCGAGACAUCCUACUGCUAUCAGAUCAGCUCUAAGCUGUACUCAGCCGCUGAUGCUGGUUCUUAUUGUGGUACGCAAGGGGCUCAGUUGGCGUCUCUGGUGCUACAGGCAGAGAUGACGGCACUUUUGAGUGAACCAUCUAUCUAUGGCGAUUGCGCCACACUGCGUGCUGGCUCCUCUCCUGGUAUGGCCUCCUGUCCGUGCUACAAUCAGCAACCGGCACUGUGCAAAAUGAAGCCCAAGCUAUGCAAUGAUGGCAACUUCGGUGGUCCGAAUAUUCGUUCUGGAACCAUCACUAGCCCUGGCUUCCCGACCCAAUACUACAAUAAUCUCGACUGCUACUACCAAAUUGAAGGUAAAUUCGACAUUCUCAUCAUUGCCGAGUGA